AUGGGUUUCCUCUCCAUCCCAUUUCUACCGGAGAGUUUUGCAGUAUUCGAAACUUGGAUCGCACGCGCAUUCCUCUUUCUAGGGCUUAUAUCCAUCGGCCCAUGGGCAGCGCUGCUUAUCUACGACCUCCUCCUCUACGUCUGCCGCGCAUGCGCCCACGAAAUGCCGAUUAUAGGCGGAAGAGCCCGCGGAAAAGCAAGACCACGUGCCCCGAGCCUCACGGAGCGACCGAGCGGACGGCGGCGGAACUUUAGUUUUGCCUCGCGCGCCAUCGACAGACCGGUGAUGAAUACAGGAAGUGCGAAUGCCGGAUCACAGGACGCGCGGUAUCGUCAGACGGCCGGAAAAGACUAG